AAAAAAAUACCAAAUAUGGUUUAUUCUAUUAUAAAUUCAAAAUCAAUUCCUAAAUCAAUGGUAAAUAAUUUGUGGGAUAAAAAAGACAACAACUUUACCUACCAAAGAUUAUAAAAGAAAAUUGGAAUGGCGUUAGUCAAAAACUUCACAAACCAUACAUACCAUGCACAAAAAACUCAUUAUAACGGUAGUAGUUCGGGAAAAACAAUGGAUUCAUUUAAUGGCAUAAACAUUACUUUGGCUAGCCUAAUAGUUCUGAUGAAUAUCGCAGUGGUAUUCGGGAAUGUUGGCGUUAUUAUAGCUAUGCUUUUUAAUAGAAAGCUCAGAACAACCCGGUAUUACAUGAUCACUUCUAUGGCAGUGGCGGAUGUGUGUCUAGGCAUAUUCGUUAUCCCAUUUGCCGGUACAAACCUGAUCCUCAAAAAAUGGCCUUUAGGACUAGAAUUUUGCCGGAUAUACCAAACGAGUGAUAUACUCUUUUCAACUGUAAGUAUAUUGCACUUAUGCGCCAUAGCUUGGGAUCAAUUUAUAGCCGUCCGUUUCCCGUUCCAUUAUAAAACGGUGCUAAAUAAUACCACAAUCUGGAGCGUUAUAGCAUUUAUAUGGGUGGUGGCGGGGCUCAUAGCUAUAGUGCCAGUCAAUUUUAAGACACAAUGGUACAGAGAGCCCACCAUGCUGGAAAACUACCUCAACCCUCAGUACUGCUUCAUACAGAUUAGGAAGGAAUUCUCCUUUGUCGUGCUACCUUUAACGUUUUAUCUGCCUAUGAUCAGCAUGGUGGCUAUAUACCUUUAUAUCAUAGUGACGGUCAGAAAACGGUUCAGAAAAAUAUACGGGGUGGCACCUAAAGGCGAAGGCAUUACAAGUAAUUUGUGCAGCAUCACCUUUUUCCCUUCAACCUUCUCUCGACAUAAUAACAUUACUAUCAAUCAACGUAAAAGAAAAACAGAUUUGGGCACUAAUAUCUCCUAUACGGAGCAACAAUAUCAUAAUACUAAACCUAAGAACAAAGUCCAAAAGCGUCAACCUAAUAAGGAACAAAACAAAACAGAGUUGGAAAGCGUGGAAUCCCAGGGAGAGGUUAUGAAUGAAAAUGAAAGAGAAAAUAUAAUGAAGUACAGAAAAGUUUUAUUAAUGUUGGGGCUAAACUUUCUCCUCAAAAAAAUGCAUGUUAUUAAACCCAGUAACGUGAAUAGCAGUGGAAGAUGCGAAGGAGAAGAGAUAAGUGGUGGAAAUGGGUUGGAAACAAGUAUAAAACAUAUCGAUGGAGGUAAAACACACAUCAAAGUGAAUAAAAUAGGCCCUGAACUAGCCGUAAAAUUUAUUGGUGGGAAUUCGAAAGUAGAAGUUAUGAGUAAUCCUUCGCUCAUACCAACAAUCCAUACUAAGGGUAACAAAUUUAACAGGAAAAUAAAAUUCCAAACUCAAUCUAUAAUUUCUGUUAAUUCUACCCAAGUUUCCUAUGAAGGGCAAGCAAUGACCACCAUAAAUAUUAUCAAUGAUAAUAAUCAGGCUGCUAAUAAUAAGCUUAACAUUCUCCGGCCAAAUAAUAUUGCUAAAAAUGCUGUCAAUACUUUCGACACGAGUCACCACAAUAAUGCGCAAAAUUUGAAUUCGUUCCUUGCCGAAGCCCGUCUCAAAAAGCAAGUUCGAGCCCUAAAAACAGUUGGUAUGAUAACUUUGACCUUCGUGAUAUGCUGGACACCGUUUUGUUUUCUCUUUGUGUGGCAAUCCGCAUGCUGGUGCUUGUCGGAUCACGCCCUCAAUUCCAUAAUGUGGUUGGGAUACAUGAACUCGUGCUUCAAUCCUUAUAUCUAUGCCGUGUGGAACAACGAUUUCAGGAAAGCAUACAGCACAAUUCUAAAAUCUGUUUACAAGUGUUGUAAAAGAGCCCAUUAAUGCAUCUUUUUUAAAUUAAUAUAAAAUCGUAAAUGGUAGGGCUCUUCGAUAAUACCGGUUGAUUAAAAAUACUUUAUGCAUAGGUAAAGGGUUUUGAUUAUUAUCAGAGAUCUGCAGAGGUCAAAAUUUUAGGUCCAGCUCGAAUUAAAAAAAAAUUUUUUAAGCCAAGACAGGCCCCAUUUAAAAAAAAAUGUUUUAAGCCUGCCUUAAAUGGAGAUAUCUUUAGUAAAAAAAAUUUGGCCCAGCCUAAAAUUUUUAAAUAAUUUUGACUAUAUUUUGAAAAUUGUUUCAAAGGAAAAUAGAAAAUAUGAACAGUCAAUAAAUAUUAAACGCUAUUUUCAAAAAAUUUUCAUACAUUUUCCGACUUACUUAUUUGUAUAAUUUUCUUUAAAAAUUAUACCGGCCCUGAUUUUUAUAGUCAUAUUAUUUUGACCGGGCCAUGUUUGAGGGUCAAGCUUACAGGUCUCUGAUGAUUGUAUAUAUCAUUAAAGUUGUAUGGAUUAGAUGUCUGCAAUUGGUGAGUUCUUAACCACCUAGCCCAUUUAACACAGGUGGGGGCAGGUUAGAAAUUUUAAUGAACUGGCAGGUUGGCUAAAAAAUAUUUAAUGGGCGAGCGGGUAAAAGGAUUUUUUUGUUUUAUAAGUUAUACAUAUUUUUAAAAUAAAUAUGAAUCAUUUAUUAUCAAAAUUUAAAGUGAAAACAUUUUAUCAGUAUUUUAACUUUUUUGGGAAAAUAAUAAUUAAUUCUUGUUCAUCGCACAUAAUUACAUUUUAUCAUGCUUCAUGUUCAUCUUAGCUUUGUAUUUUUUUAUAUUUUUCUUUAAAAUAAUUUUUAAAAAAUUAUAUCUCCUCGCUCGCCAGGCACAUGCAUGAUCAAAAACAAGUAUACACCCUUUAUUUUUAUUUCAAUUCAUUAAAAAUAAAUAAAGAAAUUGUCAAAGAUUUUGUAUUAAUUAAAAACCUUAUCAUAAUUGGAAAAAAUAAGCGAGCUGAUGUUUUUAUAGGCGGGUAGGUUGGUUGAAAAAUUUUUAAGCAACAGGUAGGUGAGGGAUAUUUAUUUUUAAAAAAUCAUGAGCAGGCCAGGUGGGUAAGUUAAAAAAUAUUUUUGUAAUUGGUGGUCGGACUUUUGGGUUAAAAACCCGCCCAUUGUAGACCUCCAGUAAUAAGAAUGAUAUGUAUUUAUAAUAUAUGGGAAAUAGCUGGAAGCUGACUGAAGAGGAUAUAAAAAAAUAAAUAACUCUUCAUUAGGAUAAGAAAGAUAGAAUUUAAAUUUCUGCUAUAAAAAUAUUUUUCAUUCAUAAAAAUGAAUUUGAUUAUAUAUGACUUAAGCUCUUCGUGUUUCCAUAUUUUUUAGCUUUUUAUGUUAUAUUUUAAAUUAACCUCUAUACAUUUGAAAAAUAUUUAUGAUUUCCAUAUUGUAUUAGCU